CAUGCGAUAAACACUUUCCUUUCGUGAACUUUGUUGAACUCGUAUCAGGCAAGGGGAAGCUAUCAAGUUCAGUCAGUAUGUGUCGCGGCCCAAUGAAGUUGUUGCAAUGUAUUUUGAGACUGCCUUACCUCGAAUAGCGGAUGAUCGCAGAGCGAAGGGGCACUCGCCAUGGCACGCGACCACAAUCGGCGGGGAAGCGCAAAAAAUGCUUAACCCCUACCUACCUACUCGAUAAGCGCUGUGUCUUUCAAGCAAGUCACAACCCUCCUCAAUGAGGAAGCUCGGCCAUGAUAGGUCUCGGGGCUUGGCCGGAGACUUCACUACCCAGUAUGGAUAGAAUAUAUAAAGCUCGACGUCGAUCCGCAAAUAAGUCAACAGCAAGCCAGGCAUACCAAGCGGGUUUUCUCAGUCUUCCAUAGAAGUUGGCCGAUUUUCAUUAAAAAGGGCCCUUCCGCUUUGUCUUCAUCAUGAUGCGAUCGCUGUUGCUACUUGGCCUUCUCGGCGCAUCGCUGCCUGCCCAGGGCCACCCCACCCAUUCCUACAAGGGUGGACUUCGACGACGAACGGUAGACCUCAACUCUUACCGUUUGAAGGAGACGGCUCAAUACAGCAAUCGUGCUUCGACGAGCUCUAACAAUGCCGUUCAACUACUCAAGCGCGACUCGUAUGUCGACACCGCGACCGAACUCGUCAAGAGUGUCGUUCCUGAUGCCACUUUCCGCUUAGUCGACGACCACUAUGUCGGAAAGAACGGGAUUGCCCACGUCAACUUCAAGCAGACGGCGCAUGGAAUCGACAUCGACAAUGCCGACUUCAACGUUAACAUCGGUUCUGAUGGAGCGGUCUUCUCUUACGGCAACUCAUUUUUCGCAGGGUCUAUCCCCGCGGAGAGUCCGUUGACCAAGCGAGCUUUCUCUGACCCUGCUCAAGCCCUGUCAGGAGCUACCAAGAUCCUCGAGAUUCCAGUUACCGGAGAGGCAUCCGCCGAAGCAGCCGAGGGAACCGAGACCUACGUUCUCAAGGGAACUUCGGGUGCUCAGAAAGACCCGGAGGCUCGCCUGGUAUAUUUCGUCAAGCCGGACGGGAGCCUCGCUCUAACUUGGAGAGUGGAGACGGACGUCCUUGACAACUGGCUACUUUCAUAUGUUGAUGCGACCACCAACGAAGAAGUUCACGGUGUAGUUGACUAUGUUUCCGAGGCCUCGUACCUUGUCUUCCCGUGGGGAAUCAAUGACCCUGAUGAGGGCUCACGCUCGACCGUGACGGAUCCUUGGGAUCUAGCGACCUCCGAGUUCACCUGGCAUUCCGACGGCACAACUAACUAUACCACCACUCGCGGAAACAAUGGUAUCGCUCAGACAAACCCUGAUGGCGGGUCUGACUACCUCAACAACUACCGCCCCACCAGCUCGUCUCUCAAGUUCGAAUACAACUGGGAUAAGACGUUGACGCCUCCCUCCACUUACGCGGAUGCUUCGGUCGCCCAGCUUUUCUACACGGCGAACGUCUACCACGACCUUUUGUACGAUCUUGGCUUCACCGAAGAGGCCGGCAACUUCGAGAUCAACAACAACGGCCAGGGCGGCCGAGGCAACGACUUCGUCAUUCUCAACGCCCAGGAUGGCUCCGGCACUAACAAUGCCAACUUCGCCACCCCUCCGGAUGGUCAGAAUGGACGCAUGAGGAUGUACAUCUGGACUCAAUCCACCCCCUACAGGGACUGCUCGUUCGAGGCCGGUGUGAUCAUCCACGAAUAUAGCCAUGGCUUGUCGACCCGUCUAACGGGUGGCCCGGCUAACUCGAACUGCCUGAACGCCCUCGAGUCUGGCGGCAUGGGUGAAGGUUGGGGUGAUUUCUUCGCCACGGCUAUCCGCCUAAAGGCCGGCGACACCCGCAACACCGACUACAGCCUAGGCGCGUGGGUGUACAACGACCCUGCUGGCAUCCGAAACUACCUAUACUCGACGAAGCUCGACGUCAACCCGUACCAGUACACGACCCUCAACACCUACAACGAGGUGCACGACAUUGGUGAGGUCUGGGCCACCGUUCUCUACGAGCUUCUGUGGAACCUGAUCGACAAGCACGGCAAGAACGACGGCCCCAAGCCCGAGUUCGAUUCCAACGGCGUCCCGACCGACGGAAAGUACCUGACCCUCAAGCUGGUAACUGAUGCCAUGGCUCUCCAACCCUGCAACCCCAACUUCAUCCAGGGUCGCGAUGCCAUUAUCGAUGCUGACGAAGCCCUAACCGGUGGUGCCAACGCCUGCGAGAUUUGGACCGCCUUCGCUAAGCGUGGUAUUGGCCAGGGUGCUGUCUACUCCAGCAGCCGACGAACCGGAAGCAACACGGUCCCGAGCGGAGUCUGUUAAAUAAAGUGUCUAAUCCAUACCACACUGAACAUGUUUGAGUGACUUCGGUCUUAGGUGGAUUGUAGGAGGAGGGAGUGUUUCAUUACUACCUGUAUCUUAAUCUUGACUUAAAUAAUGUUGGACUGAUCGAAGUCCUAUAAUAUGAUAGUUUCCAAGACGAAUCU